AUGAAUCACUCAAACAUUAGCAAUGGCGGAAGUGGUGGAAGUAGCAAUAACAGCAACAAUAGUGGACAUCACACACCAACCAUGUUUCUCGGCUUGCCCAAGCCCGAGUACAACAUGAACCUGUCAUCAUCAAGAUAUGGAAUAAGCUUUACAAAUAACAAUCAAAGUGUACCCAACAACAAUAAUAACAACAAUAAUGGACAUUCGAAUAAUGGAUCACCACAGAUAUCAAGACAGAAGAGACAUGAUAGCAAUGCAGGACAGCAGCAGCAACAGCAGCAACAGCAACAACAACAUCAUCAUGUUGUAUAUCAAAGGAAUAACAGCAAUAAUAAUAAUAUUAGAGUGGAUCAUGUACCACCUGACGACGCGACAAUAGCCCUGCUAUUCAAGGACCUCAAAUCAUUCCCCUUUCGCAACAGAUUCGAAUCGGUCUCCAACACCGAGGUGGACAUCGAGAACCCGCUGGUAUGGAACGAUGUUGAACUGCCACUUGACGAAGAGGACCUGGAAGCGCAAGCCGACAUCGACGGCUCCCGCCAGUCCCGUCUCGAUCGCAUGUGUCUAAAACUCCCCACCAAGCGCUACGAAGAAGAAUACAACUACCAUCACUUUUACUCCCAAAUCAACUUGCUCAGAUUAACCAACAUCAUUGGAAUAUUCGCAAUAUGUUAUGAUGGCUUCCAGAAUGGAUUGGACGUGCCGAUUGGAUUGUUUGCCAUUAGGAUCGCUUGCUUCUUGAUGCUGCUCAUAUCGAUCACAUUGAGCUUCUUCAAGAACAAGUCAUAUUAUAGACGAUCGUAUACACCAUUGUUCUUGGUGUCAUUCACAGCAUUCUUCCUUACAUUCGUCAUGGAGUUUAUCAAUACUACAUCAACAUUGAUAUUAGUAUUAUAUUGUGUACUGCUACUAUGUCUAUAUGCACUUGGAUGUCUAAUGCUACACUGGCUACUACUUUUCAACACUAUCAUCGUCUCAAUGUUCAUGAUCUAUCUUGGCGUGGACUCUGAUCUCGAUCAACAGAACCUAUACUCCUACACAAUCUACAUCUUCCUAAUAUUCGUCAUGGGUGGAAGUCAUCUUUACAUGUUGGAGAAGUAUAGGAAAGAGAGCUUCAUGUACAGCAAGAAGUUACAGAAGAAGGCAGAGAGCCUGCGCCAGGAGAAGGUGCGAUCAGAUCAGUUGUUGAGCAAUAUAUUGCCAGACUUUGUGAUCAAGAUGAUUAGGGACUUGCCAAUGAGGGGCUCGCCGAAUGAGUUCCCUCCACUGAUAUCAAAGGACUUUUAUGAAUGCACACUACUAUACUGCGAUAUUGUAGACUUUACUAGUCUGGCCUCCAGAGUGGAUGCAGCAUCAUUGGUCAAGCUGCUCAAUCAGGUGUUUACAGAGUUUGACACAGUGGUCGAGAGAAAUCAAUGCGAGAAGAUCAAGACUGAUGGCGACGCAUAUCUGUGCGCGGGCGGACUGACAAUCGACAACGAACAUCACUUCCAAGCCAUUGUGGACAUUGCCUCGACAUUCCUGCGGCUUAACAUCCUUCGCGACAACUGUUUGGGCGUCCAGAUCAAGCUGAGGAUCGGUGUGGCCACCGGUUCAGUGAUAGGCGGCGUGAUUGGAUGCGAGAAGUUCCAGUUUGAUGUCUGGGGCGAGGCCAUCGCCAAGGCUCACACACUGGAGGAGACUGGACAGGCUGGAAAGAUACACAUCAUGCACAGGGACAUUGACAGGAUGAAGAGUGUCCAUGGAUGCAUCGUCGAGGAGAACUACAUUCCAGGAAUCGGCGAGAAGAGCUACCUCAUUACCCCGCCAGCACUCUCCCCUCCCAUGACAUACAUUGACGCGCCCAACAUGCCACCUCCCAUCUCGCCUCGAGGCAACAACAUGGAGCAUGUAGUUUCAUUCGAUGAUGAUUGUCACAUGAAUGGCAAUGACGUGUCCAUGGACACGCUAUCCUCCUCUCUCUCCCUUCAGAAGAACCAUGGCACUGAUGACGACCCCACCCAGCUUCAACAAAACGACAAGCAGAAGACGAAGUCGGGCCUGCUACACACGAUCAAGAGCAAGCUAACAAAGAAGAAGGUGGAUAUAGAGGAGACGGACGUCGUGAUGAAGGAGCUGGCCGAGCUGGACACCAUGUUCAGCGAUCACACACGUCUGCGCCAAUGGCUGGUGUACUUUGGCAACUGGUCGGUCGAGCUAAGCUUCCACCGCUACGUGAUCAACAAGACACUGAUGGAGACGCGCUUCUUUCUGUUCAUUGGCAUGGUCCUGCAUGGAAUGUUUUACUUUGACGACAUACUUCUAGAGUCGGAGCCAGUGCUCAACGCCAAGCUGAUCUACGUGUUCAUGGUCAUUGUGUUUGUCUUGUACCUUGGAGUGUCGUUCACGCCAGCCUUUACCAAUCCGGUGAUCUACCAAUGUCAACUUUGUCUUUGUGUUACAUUCCUCAACCUAUUCGUACUAUUGUUCUUCUUCCUGUUGGCUAACUUUAUCUCUGGAACAUUGAUCGCUCACUUGUAUCCAACAGAUUACUUGAGCUUGACCACAGUACUUGUGAUACAGAUAACGGCAUCAUAUCUGAUGAAGCUAGAGAUGAGGAAGGCAUGGAUAACAAAGUCCAAGAUUAAGUUCAAGGGACUGACACUACAGAAGGAGAGAGAGCGUUCUGCUCAGCUACUUGGUAACAUAUUGCCAAAGACUAUAUUGAAACAAUUGAUGAAGGAGAGUAACAAUAGAGGUGGACCAAUGCCAUUGAUUGCCAACAAUUACAAUAAUGUCGCUGUGAUGUUUAUCAAUAUUGUUGGCUUUGAAGAGUUAGUCAUACCUCAAAGUACAUCAUUGUUAUAUUAUAUGAACUAUAUAUUCACAUUGUUUGAUGGCCUGUCAUCAAAGUAUGGCCUGGAGAAGAUCAAGACCAUUGGCACAACAUAUAUGGUGGUGGCCGGACUCAACCCUGGCGCCAAUGAACAGCCGGCGCCAGGCACCACAUCACACAAUUACAUUGGCAACAUGGCGGACAUGGCACUGAUGGCCAAGGCAUGCGUCAAGCACAUCAACCCCGGCCUGAACGUGCAGGUCGGCAUCAACUAUGGCGGUUGCGUUGCCGGAUGCAUUGGAAACCGUUUCAAGUUUGACGUCUGGGGCGAUAUCAUCAAUACCGCGUCGCGUAUGCAGACGUCGGCACCACCCGGCAAGAUUCAGAUCACUUCAGACUUGGCCACAUUGUUGAUGCGCGAUUUCUUUGUCGAGGAGCGUGGCGUGAUCAAGGUAAAGGGCAAGGGCGAGAUGUGCACCUACUAUGUUAGCGGUCGAAGACAGUCGUUUGAAGGUCGUCUCGAAGUGGACAUGUCAUCCGAGGACCACGUUGGCAUUGAAGUGGACAGCAAUUGUAAGAUUGAUAUUGCUGCCACUCAACAACAACAUCAGUGA